AUGCUUCUAUUCUUGAUCAUGGCGGCCUUCCUAGCCUCCUUGGCUUCGGCCCAGUGCCCCUCCGGCGCACACAUCGUCGUGGCUCGUGGCAGCGAGGAGCCCCAGGGACCUGGCGUCUUGGGCCCCGUCGCUGAGCGUAUCAAGAAUCUUGUCCCCGGCUCUGAUAUCGAGUCCCUCAUCUACCCUGCUCUGUUCGAACCCUACAACCCCUCGCAGAUGGCUGGCGUUGCGGCCAUGACCCAGCUUGUUGGUGACUUUACCCACCAGUGCCCCGACACCAAGAUCAUUAUCCUUGGGUAUUCUCAGGGCGCGCAUGUCACCAUGGACACCUUCUGCGGUGCUAGUUCCGUCGGUUUCCCUGAGACCACUCCCCUCCCUUCGUCCAUCUCCAACAAGGUUGCUGCUAUCAUUGUCAUGGGCGAUCCCAGCCUCGUUAAGGGACAGUCCUUCACCAUUGGGAGCAGCGAUGGCAGCGGCGUUCUCGCCCGCCAGAACCCUGAUGGCUGCAAGGCUAUUGCUGACAAGACCAUCUCUAUCUGCGACGCCGGUGAUCCUUUCUGUGAGGCUGGUAGCCAGAACCUCACUGUCCACAUGAGUUACGCUACGAUCUGGGGUGACUACAUCGUCAGCCGCGCUUCGUCAGCUCAAGGUUGA